CUUCCUGCCAGUGAGGAAACACUGGGCUUCGGUAAGCACUGGUUCUCUUUUCCCCGCUCCAGCCUCACAGGAGGAGUUGGCGGGCAGCCGUGGGCCACUCUGGCCUCAGCCAGAUUUCUAGCCACACGUGGGAGGAGAGAUGCCCUGGACUGUCCUACUCUUUGCAGCUGGCUCCUUGGCCAUCCCAGCGCCGACUAUCCUGCUGGUGCCCCCGCACCCCAGCAGCCAAGAUGACCCCAUCCACAUCGCAUGCAUGGCCCCCAGGGGCUUCCUGGGGGCAAAUUUCACACUGUACCGUGGGGGGCACGUGGUCCAGCUCCUGCAGGCCCCCGCAGACCAGCUCGAGGUCACCUUCAACUUGAGUCGUGGUGGCAAUGAGGCUCCAGGAGGAACAUUCCACUGCCAGUACGGCGUGAUGGGGGAGCACAGCCAGACCCAGCUGUCGGACCUCAGUGAGCCAGUGCAGGUUACCUUCCCAGUACCCACAUGGAUCCUGGCAUUGUCCCUGAGCCUGGUUGGAGCCCUCCUCUUCCUUGCUGUGUUGGUGGCUAUUGUCAUGGUGAUCAGGAAAGUUAAAGCCACAAAUGCUCAGAAGAAAAGAGAGCGAGAAUCCUGCUGGGCCCAGGUUAACUUCGCCAACUCAGACAUGUCCUUUGAUAACUCGCUGUUUGCCAUCUCCAUGAAAAUAGCUUCAGACGAAGAUGUGGCCACCCUGGAUGCUCACUCUAGCUCCACUGCAGCCUCCAGCGUCUCCGUGCCCCAGAAGAGGCCCACCUCCACAUCAUCCUCACCUGAACCCCCCAACUUCAGCACUUUCCGGGCCCCGCUCUGAUCAUUGGGGCCCCUAUGCCUGUGUGUCCUCCAUUCUGCCCUCUCCUUCAAGCUGGCCAAGCCGUGAGGGGUCUGUGCUCCUUCCAGCUACUUCUGGGGGCUCUGGCUGGUGUUUUCUCAGGGAAUUGAAUAGACAAGAUGAAGGGGCUCCUAGCCUUGGGAGCAUCCUCAUGGAGGAGCAGGAACAGGAGGGGCACAGGCAUUGGCCUGUAGCCUGGACAGAAAGCAGGAAGCCCCUCUUUGGAUUCUCAGCUUCUCAAGACCACCGGGGAAGGAGAUGGGGAUAUCUUUUGGCCCCCUAACUGGGCCACAGGAGGGCUGCGCUCUCCACAGGUACCUCUCUCCAGCACCUGACUGAGGCACCGGGUUUUUGGAGCUUAGGGUACCUGGAGGCAUGGCUAAAUUAUUAAUUAUAACACAUGUUGAGGUGUUUCUAAGGCCCCUCUAGAGUGUAAUUUUUCAAGCCUGGGACCCCUGGGGUCCAAUCACUGGAUACCUGGGGGGCGGGGUAGUGCCUGUUCACUGGUUGUUUGAGGCACUCUCCCUCAGCUGUGGUCAGGGUGGGUGUGGGGAAGCCUGUGAGAG